AUGUCUCGCGUCCCUGCCGCUAAGAGAAGACGACUCAGUCCGCCUGAGGACGGCGCAUAUCCAAUUACUGCGAAGGAGAAUAAGAAACAGAGCUUUCUGAAUAAUGCAGCCAAGUGGGAUCUGGAGCAGGACUAUGAGAACAGGCCGCGCAAGCUGAACAAGAAGAAGGAGAACAAGAGAUUGCCUGUCAGGACCGUGGAAGGAUGGGUUGCGCCGGCUGCGACGGCCGAUGUCAAAGAGGAAUCAGACUCAGACAGCUUCUUGGGGUCUGGUGACGACGCGGAAGAGGAGGAACCGCAAGAAGAGGUAGUGGAGGAACAAAAGCCCAAGAUACCUGCGCGGCAACAAAUACUCGAGGCGAAGGAAGAGCUUGCGCGCAUAGCUAGCUUGGUCAACGAAGACCCGGAAGAGCACAUCCACGCGCUCAAGACAUUGGCAGCGAUUGCGGACUCGGAGAACUUUACAGUCAAGAAGCUGGCAUUAGCUACGCAGUUGACCAUUUUCAAAGACCUGAUCCCUGGGUACAGGAUACGGCCACUGUCAGAGGAGGCCAUGGGCGAGAAGAUUUCGAAGGAGGUCAAGAAGCUGCGCACAUUCGAACAGAGACUUGUCACAGGAUAUCAGGACUAUGUCAAUCAUCUUGGCAAGCUGGCAAAGUCUAGUGGGGUGAAGAAUGAGCAGAACGCGAGCUUGGCAUCCGUCGCGGUCAGCUGUGCAUGCAACCUGAUCACUUCCGUACCACACUUCAACUUCCGUGGAGAGCUGCUGAAGAUACUCAUCGGCAAGCUCAGCACGAGACGCGCUGAUGCUGACUUUGUGCGAUGCAGAGAAGCGCUGGAGCAAUUAUUCGAAAACGACGAGGAAGGCAAUGUCUCGCUGGAAGCCGUCACCAUGUUGACCAAGAUGAUGAAGGGCAAGAACUACCACUUCGACGAGAGCGUGCUCAACACCUUCCUCCACCUCCGUCUACUCUCCGAAUUCGCACACAAGGCCUCUUACAACGCCAUCGACAAGUCCGACGACCUGCCCAUAAGCAACAAGAAGAUGAAGCAAAAGCGUGAGUUCCGGACUAAGCGGUUGCGGAAAGACCUCAAGGAGAAGAAAGCUAUCGAGAAGGAGUUCAAAGAGGCAGAUGCAGCUGUCAGCCAUGAAGAGCGUGACAGGAUGCAGGCCGAAACCCUCAAGAUGGUCUUCGUAGCCUAUUUCCGCAUCCUCAAAGCCCGCUCACCAAGACUCAUGGGUGCCGUUCUCGAAGGCCUAGCACGCUACGCCCACCUCAUCAAUCAGGAUUUCUUCGGCGAUAUCCUUGAAGCAUUGCGCGAUAUCAUUACCACGGCUGAAGUCUCUGCCGCAGCGGCCGUCUCAGACGAUGAAGACGAGGACGCCUCAGAUGACGAUGAUGAGAACGAAGCUCCGGAACGCAACCUUACGCGCGAAUCUCUCCUCUGCGUUAUCACCGCCUUUGCUCUCCUCGAAGGCCAGGACGCGGCCAAGUUUGCAUCAAGCCAAAGACUCGAUCUGAGCUUCUUCAUCACGCACUUGUACCGAACACUGCAUCCAGUAUCGCUCAACACAGACAUCGAACUCAGUUCAAAGAGCUUGCAUCUCCCAGACCCAAACAUGCCAGAAGCACAGGUCCUCCCCAACAAAAUUAACGUCCAAACUACAAUCGUCCUCCUCAUCCGCUCCCUAUCCUCCGUUCUACUUCCCGCCGCCUCACUCCGCGCCGUCCCACCACUGCGCGUCGCAGCCUUCACCAAGCAGUUGAUGACCGUCUCCCUGCACCUCCCCGAGAAAUCGUGUACAGCCAUGCUCGGACUGCUUAAUCGCAUCACGCGCAGUCACGGCAAGAAAGUCGCGCCGCUGUGGAAUACAGAGGAGAGAAGGGGCGAUGGUGUGUUUGAUGCACUGAAGGGAGAGGUCGAGGGAAGUAAUGCGUUUGCAGGCACGGUUUGGGAGGGGGAGAUAUUGAGGAAACAUUUUGCGCCGAGUGUGAGGGAGGCAUUGCAGGUCGUCAGCAAUGGUGUAUUGUUCGAGGAAGAGCAACUUGAGGAGUUCCGCAGGGGCGCCUACUACCCCGUCAACAUAGGAGAUGUCUUCGAGUCCAAGCACCAGGUAGUAGGCAAGCUAGGUUUUGGUGUUACGUCAACUGUUUGGUUAGCCCGUGGUCUAAAAGAGGAGAUGGGUGAAGACGAGCACAAUAUGUACAACAUCUUGAGCAAAGGCAAUGCUUCCCAUCCGGGGCAUAGUCAUGUGAGGACAGCCCUCGACAUGUUCACCAUUCCCAGACAGGGCGGGGACCAUCGAUGCCUUGUCCAGAAACCAAUGUGGGAUAGUUUCAAGGAUCUCUUGAAUAGGAACCCCGCGCAUCGCUUCACGGAAGAGCUGCUCAGAGCUGGUCUGUCGCAAGUGUUCCUCGCACUCGAUUAUCUCCACACCGAAGCCAAGAUCAUACACACAGAUAUAAAGGCAGACAACAUCCUUAUAGAGAUUGAGGAUCAGGACAUUCUGAAAGCAUUUGUUGAUGUCGAGAUGACCUCUCCCUCGCCUCGAAAAGUCGUGGACGGCAAGCCAAUCUACGCUACACGUCAAUUUGGAUUACCAAAGGAAUACGGGAGGAUUGUCCUUGGAGACUUCGGCUCUGCAGUUCGUGGCGACAAACCUCAGGUUCAUGACGCGCAACCUGAUGUCUAUCGCUGUCCGGAGGUCAUGCUGCAGACGGAAUGGGGGUAUCCGGCUGAUAUUUGGAAUGUCGGGGCUAUGAUUUGGGACCUCUACGAAGACAAGCAUCUCUUCUACGGUAUCGAUCCUAUCAAGAAGAGAUAUUUGACUAGAGCUCAUCUUGCAGAAGUCGUUGCAGUCCUCGGUCCGCCGCCCCUAGAUAUUCUCAAUCGUGGAUCGCGGAGUAAAGAAUUCUUCGAUGAUGAAGGUAAGACUUUAUACUUCCAAGAGACCAUCUAA